GCUUGAAGCUUUCUGAAUUCUGAAUCAUCGAACGUCCAACUUUAUCAAUUGCUACAAUUUGUAGAAUCAAUUCUAGUUUAAUUAAGGGCGUCUAAUCAGAGGAUGCCAAGUAGAAGUAGUGCUAAAGCUCCAAAGAAGCAGGGAAACAACUCAAACACAGGAGGAACUGCUUCUCUAGAAAAUAAUUCCUAUGAAGGAGAACGCCUAACCCAUCUGCUCCAAUCAAUCCGCAGGGAGACUGAAUUGGCAAGACGUUUAGAUGGAUGUUCGUUGCCAGAAAAGAUUUGGUUAAAGCAACAAUUUUCUAUUGGAGUCAAUGAUGUAACCCGUGUACUUGAGCGCAUGGAACCGUGUGCUGAGUUGGAAAGUUCAGCAGAACUCAUCCCUUUGAUCAGAAGCAAUCAUAAAGCACCUUCUGUUAAACUUCAGGCUGUGCUUGUUGCUUCUGACUGUAACCCACGAUGGCUAACAAAGCAUCUACAAAGUUUGGCUUCAUCAAGGAGUGUGCCCCUGAUAUUUAUUAGAGAUAAUAAAGAAGGUUCUUUGAGAUUAGGUGAACUUGUCAAAUUGAAAACUGCAGUUGCUAUUGGAAUUAAGGUUAAAGGAAGCGUGAUCAAUAAAACUGUUGAGGAUAUUAUUCAAGCUGAUGCCUGAUGGGGCCAAGUUCAGAACCCUGACAUAAAUGGGGAGAAAGUGUAGAUCUAAUUUAAUCACUUAGUUUAGGUCGAUAUCCUAUUCUUGGCGACGGAUUGUAAUGGUGUAGUUCUUUAAUUUUCAAACUAGGAAGAACAAAUGGGGAGAAAGUGUUCUGAUUAUUCUGAUUGACUGAAACUGAAUGGAUAUAAAGCUAUGCAUAGAGCCA